ACCUUACCUGGUAAAGUAUUUAAUCGACAGCGUCCAUCGCGGAGCCUCCGUUCACUCUCCCAUUUUACCCCUCAAGCCAACAUCGCUCCGUCAACACUCCUCCCGCCUCACAACGCCCAUAUACCAACUGCAAUCAUGGCUGGCGAUUCUCCUUACACCGUGAAAUGGGGCAUCCUUGCCACCGGUGGCAUCGCCGAGACCUUUACCAAGGAUCUCCUCACCAACCCAGCCAUCCGUGACGUCUCCGAUGUGAAGCACGAGCUCGUCGCCGUAGCCUCCAGCAGCUCCGCCGACCGUGCUGCCGACUUUGUCAAGCGCGUGGACGGCCUCAGCUCGGUCAAGGCCUACGGCUCAUACGCCGAGCUGGUCGCGGACCCCAACGUGGACAUUGUCUACGUCGCCACGCCGCACAGCCACCACUUCCAGAACACCAUGCUGUGCUUGGAAGCCGGCAAGAACGUGCUCUGCGAAAAGGCCUUCACCGUGACCGUCGCCCAGGCCAAGAAGCUGGUGGACAAGGCCAAGGAGAAGAACCUGUUCCUCAUGGAAGCCGUCUGGACGAGGUGCUUCCCGCUGAGCAUCAAGGUGCGCGAGCUCAUCAGCUCUGGUGCCAUUGGUACCGUCUACCGCACAUUUGGUAAGCUUGUCUUCUCCAUCACUGACACUCUUGCGUGCCCCGCAGCCGAUCUCAGCUUCGGCAAGGCGAACCCUGACGGCUCCCUCGAUUUCCCCGACACCAACCGCAUGGUCUCCCUCGACCUAGCCGGCGGCGCCCUGCUCGAUCUCGGCAUCUACGCCCUCACCUGGGUCUUCCAGUCCCUCUACCACGUCCAGCCCGAGGCGUCCAAGGAGGCGCCCAAGGUCGUCUCGGCCAUCAACAAGUACAAGACGGGGGCCGACGAGCAGACGAGCAUCAUCUGCCAGUUUCCCCAGCACGCGACCAUGGGCAUCGCCACGACCGGCAUGCGCGUGGCCACGGACCCCGAUGGCCAGAAGACAGCCGGUGCGGCCAUCCGCAUCCAGGGCUCCGAGGGCGAGAUCCAGGUCCUGCAUCCGGCCUAUCGUCCGACGGCCUACCGCGUGAUCAAGAAGGACAGCGACGGCAAGGUCGAGGUCGUGGACUGCCCCAUCCCCACGGAUCCCCAGCGCAACAACUGGGGCCACGGCAUGUUCUGGGAGGCCGACGAGUGCGCGCGCUGCCUCCGGGACGGCAAGAAGCAGAGCGCGUUCAUGCCCUGGGAGGAGAGCGUUGUCAUCAUGGACGUGAUGGACCAGGUUCUCCAGCAGGGCAGCGUGACGUACCCGGCUCUCAUCACGACUGAUGUGUACGACGCCAAGAGCCCUCUCAACACCGGAAACCAAUAG